CUGAGAGCCUCAGCUCAGCAGCCUUCAACAACAGCCUUCAGCAGAAGUCUUUCUCCAAGGUGGUUCUGUGUGCUGUUGCUCCUGCAUUUGCCUGUUGCGCCCUAUUUUAGACGCCAAAGCAGUUUUGUACUUGAAGGUGGCCCCUUUCACGACACGGUAGCAAUUGGUUCCUAUUUUGACGUGAAUGUCUACAGACAUAUCCCUGGGUUGCGAAACAGGCUGCAACUACAAGCUAUAAUAUACCAAUCUCUCAGUCUCCAACCUUCUUGCCAUUAGUAAGAGUUUUAGUAGUUGUUGCUUUAUCAGACGCCAUGGCGACCCUUUCGCCCCCUCAAGCCCCUCUCACUGAUUCCACCGCGAGCCCUUCGUCGUUGUCAGACGUCCCCGCGAGCACCUUCAUCGCCUCAAUCACCGCCGCGUUUCUUGCCUUCGUCGGCCUUUUCCUGUGCCUUGUCUUCGCUCGCUGGUUCGUCGCUCCAGAGCCAGACCCGGAGGAGGACCGAAAUAAUCAACGGCGGAGACUUCACGGAUUGGAUAAAGCACUGGUCGAGAGCUUUCCGACCUUUGUUUUCGCUGCGGAACAAGCCAAGGAGAGCGACUGUGUCAGUUUCCGGCAGUGCUGCAUCUGCUUGUCAGAUUAUGAACCAGGCGAUAAAAUCAAGUCGCUUCCGGUUUGCGGACACAGAUUCCACGAAUCGUGUAUCGACAUGUGGCUGGAAGGGAAGAGGACAUGUCCAGUUUGCCGGGCGAAUCUCCGACCGAAAAAAAAGACUUCCUCAGCGGACGACGAACACGCGGAACCAGAUGUCGCGAUCCCCAUCGGACAACCUUGCGACAGCGGGGAACAGUGCUGCGACGGAACUCCGUGCGACAGCGGCAAUUGUCGUGAGGAAGAUUCAAGAAGCGUGGACGAAGGCAGUUUACCAGUAACCAACACAACUUCGCUUGAGCGAAUUUCGUCUGCGAGUACGCCGUUGGUGCACCCCUCGCAAAUCGUAGUUUCCUGCGAGCCGCCGGAGAGGGAUGCGGAUCGGGAGUCGAGACCUUGAAGAGAGGUCGUGCUUGCGUCCCCUGAUGCAGUGAAUGCACAAGGGACGUCGCUGUUACAGUGUUACCAUUCACGGACACACAAGGGAUGUCGAUGUUACCAUUCGCGAAAGCACAAGGGAUUGUAGCAGCAGUGGGAGAAGAUGCGGAAGCAACAGCGGAUGAAUGCGCCAGACGAAGGAGGUGUACUUGCAGCUCAGCCAAUCAGGAGGUUUAUUUCUCUAUCUAAGCAGCACUCCGCUGAGCAGCAGACAGCAGCACCAAGCGAUGCAGGCGGGCAGCAGUCGUUCAGCAGUCGUAGCAGGCGAGCAGCAGUCGUUCAGCCUCUUCAAGGCUGAUGUACAGGCAGCAGCUAGCAGCAGCGCAGCAAUAAAUGCAGCAGAGGGUGCUACGCGGUUCCUCUGCAUACAGGGAAAGUAAGUACUACUGUUGUGUGAUAUGAGGAGUUUCCUUGAUGCAGCAAAUGAAGCAGCAGUAGCAUCAGCAGCAGGACUGAUAUCAGCAAGGUUGGUGCCAGGACUGGGUUGGAUUUUAGGAGUAGAUUUUGGAAAUGGCAAUCUGUUUCUUUAAUGAUAAUGUUGUUCAAAAGCAACAUCUUGUUGCUAUCUCCCUAUCUAUUCGUUGAUCCGUAUAUUGUA